AUGAGUGCGGUUGCAACGAACCAGAACCGUCCCCGUCCCAAGGCGGACACUUGGACAAAGGAGAAGAGGCUUCCCUUUCCUCAUUUCCUUAUCCGCUGGCUCGAUAUUCUCCCGCCCGCGGUUGAUGAAGUGCCUCAAUUCAAGCCUACUGAUAAAGUUCCCGUGUAUUCGGAACUGAACCAGGUUCCUUACUUGGUGCCUGCUGCCCUGGCGCCCUUCAUUGUGCGCUAUGUAUACUGGAAUUUUGUGGAGCAGUCGAUGCCCAGCCACUGGACGAUGUGGGUGUUCCUGUUUUCGUACACGCUCGUCUUUGGCGCCCAAUUUGUGCGUGGCCUGAACCGUCUUGCGCGCCGUUAUGGUUACCUGGAUGGCGGCGUUGGCCGUGACACGAUCCCCUACUCGCAGAUGGGCAAGGUGGUCGUGGAGGUACUGGCUGGUCUUACGCUCCGUCCCGCCCUUGCGGUGAUUUUGACCUACGACCCUAAGGCCGCGCCGAACCUGAGCCUUUGGCUGCCCGUUCAGCUCUGCGUGUUCACGCUCGUGGAAGACUUUUACUACUACUGGCUUCACCGUGCGUGCCAUGUGGGCGAGGGAGCUUGGCGCUUCCACCGUCUGCACCAUACCACCAAGCACCCCACGAGCCUGCUUCUUGGUUAUGCCGACCAAAUUCAGGAGUGCUUUGAUGUGGUGAUUGUCCCCUUCAUGGCCUGGCUCACCUUCCCUCUUGACUUUGACACAAUGACUGUUUGGAUUAUUAUUCACAUUUCGAUUCAGAUCCAUGGCCACAGUGGUCUGCGUCUGCACUACGGCACCGUGCUUACCGGUCCCUUCCUUCGCAUGUUUGACCUGGAAAUUGUGGGAGAGGACCACGACCUUCACCACCGCCACGGUUGGAAGGACUCAUACAACUAUGGUAAGCAGUCCCGUGUCUGGGACUCGCUGUUUGGUACGACCGGCGAGCGUAUCGAGUGUCGUCCGGACAACCUGGACUACAACAAAUUUAUUUAA